GCGGCGGCAGCAGGCAGGCCGGGCCGGUGGCUCCUCAGUGCGCGGAGGCCGCCGGGCCGGUGGAGGAGCAGCAGCAGCAGUAGCAGGAGGAGACACUUCGAGAGCCCGCCCGCACGCCGACAGGCCGCCGAGGCGCCCGCCUUCCCUCCUUUCGCGCUCCCGCUCCCCUCGCCGGCUCCUGCCCGGGCCGCCGCGCCCUGGGGAUGGCGGUGCUGGCCCUAGCCCUGGAGGGACUCGCCAUCUUCGGGCUUAUCCUCUUCGUCGUGCUCUGGCUCAUGCACUUCAUGUCCAUCAUCUACACACGCCUCCACCUCAAUAAGAAAGCCACAGACAAACAGCCAUAUAGCAAGCUUCCUGGUGUUUCACUCCUAAAGCCGUUAAAAGGUGUGGAUCCUAACCUGAUCAACAACUUGGAAACCUUCUUUGAACUGGAUUAUCCAAAAUAUGAAGUGCUGCUCUGUGUACAAGAUCAUGAUGAUCCAGCUAUUGAUGUAUGCAAAAAGCUCCUUGGCAAAUACCCGAAUGUUGAUGCUAGAUUGUUCAUAGGUGGCAAGAAGGUUGGCAUCAAUCCCAAGAUCAACAACUUAAUGCCUGGCUAUGAAGUUGCCAAAUAUGAUCUCAUAUGGAUUUGUGAUAGUGGAAUCAGAGUAACGCCAGACACACUGACAGAUAUGGCCAAUCAAAUGACUGAAAAAGUAGGCUUGGUCCAUGGGCUUCCCUAUGUUGCAGACAGACAGGGUUUUGCUGCUACCCUUGAACAAGUUUAUUUUGGAACUUCACAUCCAAGGUCAUAUAUUUCAGCCAACUUAACUGGCUUUAAGUGUGUAACAGGAAUGUCAUGCUUGAUGAGGAAGGAUGUCUUGGACCAAGCAGGAGGACUGAUAGCUUUUGCACAAUAUAUUGCUGAAGAUUACUUUAUGGCCAAAGCUAUAGCUGACCGGGGCUGGAAAUUUGCUAUGGCCACACAAGUCGCAAUGCAAAACUCUGGUUCAUAUUCAAUUUCUCAGUUUCAGUCCAGAAUGAUCAGGUGGGCCAAACUGAGAAUUAAUAUGUUGCCUGCCACAAUAAUUUGUGAGCCGAUCUCAGAGUGCUUUGUUGCCAGUCUAGUUAUUGGAUGGGCAGCUCAUCAUGUGUUCAGAUGGGAUAUAAUGGUGUUUUUCAUGUGUCACUGCUUGGCGUGGUUUAUAUUUGACUACAUUCAACUAAAAGGUGUUCAGGGUGGUGCUCUGUGUUUUUCAAAACUUGAUUAUGCGGUAGCUUGGUUCAUCAGAGAAUCCAUGACAAUUUAUAUUUUCCUCUCGGCUUUGUGGGACCCCACUAUUAGCUGGAGGACAGGACGCUACAGGUUACGUUGUGGAGGCACUGCAGAAGAAAUUCUUGAUGUAUAGCCACAGCCUUUUAACUGUGAAUGUCCAAAAGAGAAGAGGGGAAAGAAAAGUAUUAUAAAUUGUUUAUAUAAAUACUUUUAAGAAAAUCUACCUUCAGUAGUUUUACUACUCCUAUGUUUUGGUAUCUGUUCUUUAAUUUAUUUUUGCAUGGCACUUCCAUCUGUGAAAAUACAUCUGUAGUCUUGGCCAAACGGUACCUUGCUCCUAUGUACAAAUAGAAAUGGAGAGAAUUGGUCCUGACAUCUACAUUCUGUAGGAAUGCUCUGCAGUAAACACUUUAAAAAAAAAAAAGUAUCCUCCUGGAUAUGAACAGCUUCUUACUCCAUGGUGUGCUAGCCUAGCAAAUCCAGGGUUCAUAUAGCUAUUUUCCAGCUGGAUUGUACAAGGCUGUACUAGUAAAAACACAAAUGUACAGCUGAUUCCUGUUUUAUCCCACUAAAUUCAGCUAGUAACAGGACCUUGGGAAAGAAGCUCUUAAAUGCUUUAUGCCUACCUCUUGUAGUUGCUGCAGAACAAAAUGAAUGGAAAGGUAAAAAUGCUUUGCAAAAACAAAGUAAAGCUAGAGUCUUGUGUUUAUAUGUAUAUAUGAAAUACUUCAGUCAUUGCAAUGAACCAAAAGUGGACUGUGUUUGAGCGUGUUGGAAGGAAUUACUGGUCAGGCAUGUAUUGUGGGCAUCUUUUGGCCAACUCUGAUCUGGUUCUGUCUUGAACCUUGUUAAGCACUGUGCUGUAACUAGCCAAGCUGGUCCCCUUCAAUAUUUCCAUCCUUUUUUAAGGGGUGUUUGUUUUCCCCUGUGAGUGAAUGCUUUGGUGGUGGGUGGGGGGGUGUGUGUGUGUGUGUGUGUGUGUGUGACAUAGUAGGGGGUAGAAGGGAGCAGAAAUACAUUUCAGAAACAUUUCACACAUGAGCUAUUUUCUUACACAAUCUCUUAAGAAUGUAAUUUCAUGAUGCAGGUAUUUAAUAUCUUUUUAAAGUGAACAUACAUACCUAUACUAGUCAUAAUUAAGUAUUCAAUUGCAGUAGAUAUUGUGAAUAUAUUAAAGGACUAGGUGAGUUUGCUGUUACUGAUUAAAAUUGUAAUCUUAAUUUAAAUAUCAAACUAAGUCUACUCUUGGCUUUCUGCCUUCUACUGUUAGUCUAGCCUUUAAAUUGGACUUUUGUAUUCCAGUGGUAUGACUAAAAGGACUAGAUUAUAAUGCAUGCCGUGUUUCCCCCCUCUCUGCUCCCCGUAGCUUAGUUUCCAACCCCAUUGUGAGACUUCCUAACUUGUGGUGAACUGGACUUGUUUUCUUUGAACACUUUUUAAUUAAAAAACACAGCAAAGCUAGAGAGGGAUGUUGCAUAAGCCUUUUGUUUUCAUAGUUGUAUUUAUGCUGCUUUACUUUUCUUAUAUGGAAUAGCAUAUUUUCAACAUGAAUGUGAGCUGCUAAUUACAAGGGUAAUGCCAACAAAGCAGCUUUAGAAGUUGGAUGAUAAUGUGUAGCAUAUUAGCAAUAACGACAUGUAUUUAUAAAAAUGGACACUUAACUUACUGAGCCAAUCCCUUACCUGUCAUAUGCUACACAAAUGUAAUGUGUAUGUAUGUGUUGUAAACCAUACUCUGGGCCAAAAUGCUUCAUCCACCUUAAUAUCUCUUUUGCCUUAUGAUACAAUGGAACUCUUCUAAUGGGCAUUUCUGUAUGGACAUAUGGACAAAGGCUUUUGAUGCAUGCUUCAUUCUUUUCAUGUGAAUCGGGAAAAAGCACUUUUCCUGAGGAAAGUUGCACACUGAAAGCUAGUCUAGUUGUGACCCACGAAAACAUCCUGAUUUUAAUGUUGUUUUUACAUAGUUGAAUUUUGCUGACAAUGUUUUUAUCUUCAUUUGUCUCAUGAAGUUUGAUGCCAUUCAUUGCACUGCUGAAGUGAAGCUUAGCUUGCAACUUAGCUUUAUGCUGAUUUCUAUGCAGGCAAUGGAACAGAACCAAAAAAAAAGAGGCUGAACAGACUUCAUUAAAAAAAAAAAUUAGGUGGGGAUAAUUGUUUAACAGGUGCUUUUGUAUUAGUAGAGCCAUUUUUGGUCAUGAAGAAUAAAGCAUCACUUAAGCAAAUAGGUUCAUUUGGGGAUUGUGUGGUUGAUUGUGACAUGGAAACCAACACUGUCAAAUGUUGUAGAACAUGCUGCAACAGAACUUCUGAAGGUUAAAAAUGGCUAAUGUAAAGUUGUGUUGAUCUACAGAUGUGUAGAAUAUACCGUGUUUAUUUAAAAUCAUUGUCUUGUUUUUUCUUUUAUUUAAAAAUAAAUUUUGAAUACAACCUGUUUGGAA